AGGAAACGACGACCAGAUGACAAUGCGGACGACAACCAUCAUCCCCCUCAUUCCAAGAGGACAAGGAAGGACCAGACCGAACAGGAUCCUUGUGCUAUAGAGUCUGGCUUUUCCUGGCUGCACACAUCCCUACUCGCCCUCGCCUAGUUAUUCCACAAGCCUCCACUUUCACUUUUCCUGUGGGACCAGGGCUCAGUGUGGCCUCCAUCUCAGACUAGACCCCCAUGGAUCCACUGCAGAAAUGGGAUCCAAUGUCAAUUGCUGUGCCCUCCCGCAUAGCCACUGUGAAGAGCUCACAAGAUGCUCCGGCAACCCCUCAGCCUUCCUCUUCAGAAAAGCUAAGCAUGGGCCUCAGUGUCCUGAGCAGCAGCCCCAGCCCCAGCUCAGGUGUCCCUGCUACUCUGUCAGAGGGGCUGUUCCAGCAGCAGGCCCGGGAGAAGGCGGCUCUGUGGCAGCAGUACUGGGAGAAGCAGGGCUUUCCUCAGAGGAAGAAAGUCUUCCUGAGGCACUCGAGACGCUGGCACCGGGAUCACCUGGCACCUUACCUGCUUGAAAGGGAUGUCAGAGCCUUUCCCUCAGGUGAUCGAGCUCAGAAUCAGCUUCGAUGCCAGGGCCACGUGCAGAAUAUUGCUGAGAUGAGUGGGGAGAGGAACACAGCCCCCAACCCUCCCUCGUGGGAAAUGCUGGUGCAGGGCCUCAAUGGCCUCACCCUUAGCCUGGGAGCCAACAGACCCGGCCCCCUGCCAGAGGGGCCUCGGCAGCAACAGCAGCCAGAGGACAUUUGCCAGCUGGAGAGACAGCAGGAAAGCCUGAAGAUGUUCCAGAGGAUGCUCAAGUAGAGGAUGCAAGAAGGCUGAGGUGCUGGCUCCCAAGAAUAAAUGUGAAAAUGCAUUUAGAAGGUGCUGCAUCGCUAUCUCGGGGGUGUGGACUCCUCUGAGGUCAAGGCAGUCCACUGCCACUGGAUAAGUCCCAACACUUGUGCUAUGAUGGGAAUUGUCCUUGGAACGAUCUCAACUAUCCUGCCUGUCUUUUCGCAUGCCUUUUUGGAUGUGGUGCUGCGUGUUAGCCUAUACAGAAGAAAACUGGGUACCAGUGAUCCCCAAAUGCAUUUGAUGUGAUUCAUACACAGAGGUUUUGCUGUUUUUUUUUUCCUUAGAGCUCAACACCUUUUCCACAUUCUUGUUGAAAAGAGCUAAUACCACAUGUAUAUCUGUAUAUAGUGUGAAGACAUGGCUUCUUGAUGUCAGUUUAUUGAGUGUCCCCACAAGAAGGAUUACUACAUACCUUGUGAUGCAUGUGGUGGGUAGGAGAGAGGGAGAGAGAUUCAAUUGCAGCUUCCAGAAACUGAAGCCAGGGAAUUCAGUCUUAAGGCAGCAACCCAAUGUACUGAAGUGGGUAAAGCAUCCAGCGGUGUGAACCUUCAUGGAAGAAGAGAUCUUGUCUUCCUUAGGCAUACCAAAUGGUGGCUCAGUGCAGGAGUUUCCCACGUGUUUACUCAAUCAUUUGUGAAGCAGAAGUUGACUUGGAACUGCAGAACUAUAUCAUCUUCCCUCCUAGUCCUACCCUCUGGCUCUUCAUCUCAUUAAUAAGACAAUUUAAAGACACUCGGGCAGGUCAGGAAAGCCGUAGUUUCCUUUAGAUGAGAAGGCAAAGAGAUUAGAAGCUCCAGUAUGCCUGCUAGGGGCAGCAUGGACAGUCUGGGGUGUGGAUAAGGACUGUACUGAAGGAAGGCUUGGAGUACAUCAUUAUGGCCUCAGAAAUUGGUUAGAUGUGAAUGUUUGCAGGGAUUUACUUUACAAUCCCAUCUUUUCCCAUAGUGGCACUAUAUAUAACCAAGGCCUGGGUAUGCGCAUAUUAUUAACUGGAAGCUGGGGAGGGCUGUGCAGCUGUCCUUCAAGUGUUCCUUUAGUGGCCAAUGACCACAAGUGGCAAAUGCUCUAUCCAAUUCUAUUAGUGGGAGUGUUUGUUAUCUGUGUGUGCUGUUGGAUUUUAGUUUUGGUAAAGACUCUGAACAUCGGACAGAUCAGUAGGGAGUGCAGAAAUUAGCCCCUAGGUAGAUUACCAAAGGGACAGCAAUUUACCUGCCUGUGUGCCACAUGGUGUUAUGGUAGCAGUGUGGGCUUGGUCAACUUUGGACUUGGCCAUUGCUCCAGUUUGUUGCAUAGCAACCAUUCUGCAGUGGGAACAUGAAAUCCAUGUGUGCUUAAAGGGAACGUGCUCUUAACCUUCAGGUUCAUUUUAUCUUAUUACUUCUGAGUGGACAGAAUUACAAUCCUGGGCAGCUAUUCACCAUAGCUUGGGAGCACUACCCAUUUAUAGCUUCUGAUUGACAGAGGGAGCUGGUCGAGGCCUUGAAACACAUCCCUGCCAAUUAUUCGAUGCCUUGAUCACUGUGUAGGUAAAGGCUGCCUGGCAAGAUAACCCUUCUCCCUGGCCAUUUGGCCAUGAGAAGCAGAGCCUCUUGUGUACUAGGUAACAAGGGAACACCUUCAUCCUCACAUGCCCUUUGAUCUGCAGGCUAUGUACAGGGCAUCCCUUACCCCUCUCUGACCCAAGGGGUGUGUCAGGGUGUACAUGUGUAUUUUAACUUUUCUGACAUGGAAUUGAUUUGCUUUGUUUCAAGGAUGAGCUACCCUCUGCUUGUACCAGAUGGCGUGAAAUCCCCUGUUCCAACUGUGAUAGCAGGUUCUCUUCUGUGAGUGCCUGCCUCCUGUUGUUUAUGUUAAGUAGAAUGUCAUAGUGUGGUCUUGUCAGAGACUGUGAGGUAAAGAAACUGAGCAGUGAUCUCCCCUCCACUACUGGAGACAACUGGUUUGCAUUACACAGUGUGAGUUUUGUAACACAUUGUCUGACUGUGAAGGGUUAAAUUUCCAUUGCACUUAAGUUUGCCUGGUCACUUUGUACUAUUUCUCCUUUUGAAACAGCAAUGCUUAUCUUUGUUUCUUUCAACAGUCCUUCUCUGAAAUAGUGCCAUGUUUUUCUCCUGUUACAUUUUCAGAUCCCUGGUGAUCUUCCUGAUAUCCCCUCCGUACCCAGCAUCCAUACCUGUCCCUCUUCAGUCAUGACAGGAAAGUUUCAGAGUUAGAUGAUAGCGUAGGAGGAUAGUCAUAGAACCAGUCAACAAGGCCAGAACCACCUUGUUGUAUACUCAAGGGAGCCACGUCAAUCAACAACAGGAUCCCCUGUGACUCCAUUGUCCUGAGGAGGCAGAAACCUUUGGCAUGUUGGCUCAGGCUCAGCUGUUAGCUCAAUUGUCACAACCCCCAGAAAACUUCAUCCUACAUUGGAUAAGAACACUGAGAGCUUGGCCAAGAACUCUGUCCCAUUCAUUGGAAUGGCUUGGGAGCCUUUUGCCCUUGUUCUUUUCUUACCCUAACAGGUUGCCCUCUAAGGGGAUUAGAUAACCCUCUUUACACCCACCCCUCACCCCGGUAACUUGAGCACUCUCUGGUAAUCUCACUGGACAAUAAUUACUGACUACUCAUCUUUACCUCCUUUAAUUGCAUUUCUUAACCCUGUUCCAGGGGGUUGAGCUAAACUAUUCUAUGUGCCCUGUAUGAGUGUGUGUAUGCCAGUAUAGGCAGCCACGCCUGUGUGGGUAUAGGUCUGAGGUUGAUUCUGUGUGUGUUCCUCUGUUGCUUCCCAUCAUAUGUGUAUAGAUUUAUCUUUUGUAUGAUCUUGGAACCCACCAGUUUGGCUUCAUCUGAUAGAGUACUAGUCCCAGGAUUCCUCGGUUCUCUGUCUAGCAGCAAUAGGAUUAUGGGUGUGUCCUUCAAGGCCUGGCUUUGAGUGAAGGCUGGAAAUCCAACAUCAGAUCCUCAGGUGCUUAUGUCAGACACUUCACCUGCCUCCCUGGAUUCCCAGGCAUGGGUUGAACAAUUUUAAUUAAUCGCAUUUGACCUUCAAAUUCUAUCAUUCCUCUUUCUGAGUAAUGAAGUCCCCAACCUGGUGUGCUUCAUUUCUGGCCUCACACUCUUUGGAGGGGUGCUGCCUGUGUGAGAAGACCAGGAUGUGAUUAUUACACUCACAACGUAGCAGGCAGCAUCUUCAUAAGCAAUUUUCAGUAUCUUAGAUGUGUUGCUCUGCUGCUCUCAACACUGCAAGCACCUUUAAAAGCUGGUGCUACAAGAGCGAUUCUAAUUAUGCCUUGACUGUUGUCAUGGUGAUGCCAUUAGAAUACUUUUCAUCAGUUCAACCUAAUUUGCCUCUAGGUCUGCAUACUGCCAACCUCUCACAUCCCUUUGGAAAUAGAGAUACAUUUUGCCACUGCACCAUUCUGAUUUUCUCUCAGGAGAGGGUGGAGAUCUGUGUGUCAUAAAUGUGACUGAGCUUACAGCCCCAUGAGGAUCCUGUGAAGAAGAUGGUGGCACAGGUGUGGGUGGUUAAUCUCAUUCAAAAACCACUGUUCCAUCAAUAACCUGGGAGAACAAGAUUUUCCUAACAGGAUGGAAUGUAGUUGGUUGCCUAGGUUACAGGUAGAAAAAAGCCAGGAUUCUUGGAGACCGUCACAUGACCAGCCUCGCUCUGCAGGAUCCAGGCCUAGAAUGCCUGAGGGAUCAUGUUCAGUUUCAGUGCCCCCUCAAUACUGGCAGUUUACUGAAGAUCCUCUGGGCUUGCUUAUGAGAAGUAAAUUCAGUGAGGAUGCGGACAUAGAUUCUGGCCACUAGUUUCAGGGGCAAUUGGUUUUGAGUGAGAGCAUGCAGAUUGGUUAGUCUGUUUCCUCACGGUGAUGAAAACCGUGAAGAAGCCCUGACCCCCAGCCACAGAUGCUAUGCCUUCUGUGCAGAUGACCCUGUUGCCUGUAUGCAGGUGCUAAAAUGGAGUGUUUCUCAGUGUCCAUGAUAUGAUGGGUGGACAAAGAGAUUCUGAAGAUUCGAGAAUGUACCACACACACACACACACUCACACAUACACACACACAUACACACCCUCAUACUAAUUAAGGCAGAGAAUAGAGGAAAUUGUGACAUUUCAAACACCAUGUAUUCUCUUAGGAUGUAAUGCCAAGUUAACUGAGCUUGGCAAAAAUCAAGCCAAACUAAAAAGCUCAUAUAUAUAUAUAUAUAUAUAUAUAUAUAUAUAUAUAUAUAUAUAUAUGUGUGUGUGUGUGUGUGUGUGUGUGUGUGUGUGUGUGUGUGUGUAUGUAUGUAUAUGUAUAUAUGUGUGUGUGUGUGUGUGUGUAUGUGUAUGUAUGUGUGUAUUGGAUUACCUCACUGUGUGUAGCACCUAAAAAUGGUCAUAUCUUUUAUUCAGUGAAAAAACCUGUCAUUGGUUAUCAUUAGGUAUAUGUCGGUGAAGCUUGCUGAAAUGUGCUCCAUGUAAAAUCAUCACACACUUGUGUCCUGAAGUUUGACCUGAUAGGGUAAACUAAGUAUGACAAGCAGAAGCUCAAAGUGGAUCUUCAGAUUUUAAUGGACGUUCAAGGUUUGUUGUCCUUAAAAUUAAGAAAUGGGGGUAUAGAUGGAAUUGGUUGCUAUCAGGAUAACGUACUGAUUCAGGUGAAAAUAUUGACCUUGGUGGCCAGACACUAUGUACAUUCCUGAAGAGGACAUGAUGAGGUGUACCACUGCAUCCUGCCUGUCUUCCACCAUGUGCUAAAUCUUACCACUUUCACUUGUCUCAUGUUGUCAACCCAACAGGAAUGCCCCAAUUAUGGAACCAUCUUGGGGAUACAUGACCAAGUGUGAAUAUCAACAUGGGGAUACAUGACCAAUAAUGAAUAUCAACAUGGGGAUACAUGACCAAGUGUGAAUAUCAACAUGGAAACACAUGACCAAGUAUGAAUAUCAAUACAGGGUCACAUGACCAAGUAUGAAUAUCAACAUGGGGAUAUAUGACCAAGUAUGAAUAGCAACAUGGCAAUACAUCAUGAUCACAUGUGAAAAGUGACACAGGGGCACAUGACCAAGUAUGAAUGUCAACACAGGGAUACAUGGCCAAAGUGUGAAUAGCAGCAACACGGGGAUACAUGACCCAUUGUGACUAUCUAGGUACGAGAGAAAGCAAGUUGGAACAAGCUUAAAGAACAUAAAAGGUAGUUGGAUGGGAUAGGAGACCUCAGGCAUCUGCCUUCAAUCUCCACCAGUAUUUCUUUGAUUGUUCUUUUUAUUGUUGUUGUUGGUUGGUUGGUAUUUUGAGGCAGGACUUGUCUACUGUGCAACUGUAGCAAUGUUGGAAUUUUCAAUGUACAUCAACCUGGAAGAAAUUCACAGUGAUCUCCCUGCCUCUGCCUCCUGGAUGUCAGGAUUGAUGGCUAGAACCAUCACACCACCUCAGUUUCCAUUCCUUUUCUUUUUGUAAUAUCUUGUAAACAAAAUUUAUUUUUGUAAACAAUGUUUAUAAAUAGUACAUAAUCAUUUCAGAAGUAAUUUCAAAAUAACAAAAUAUUUAAAAUAGUUUGUAUGUAUUUCCUUUGAGACCAAAAAAUAUGUUAGCAGAUACAAAAUGCCAAAAAGCUCAUGAGAGUUUGUUAUAUUGUUGCAGACUAAAACUGGAACAACUUGUUUUUUUUUUCUCAUCCAGAAGACCUAGUAAAGCAAAUCAAUGUUGACCUAGUUUGAGUUUCAUCUUUAAAAUGAAGAAAAUAAAACUUGGAAAGUAUACUAUUCCAUAUGGCACAUAUAAA